UAUGCACAGCAUGAACCGAAAGAUUGUGCGCCUGUGAAAGAAAGUAAGACAGCAGAGAAGAAAGGGAGGAAGUUUGAUAAGCAUUCGGCGGAAAUGUGUCUGUUGUUUGUUUAGGUCCAGGCAGCAUCUGUCUAUCUGUCUAACAAUUCAUCCAGUAUUUUUUUUUUUAAAGACUAUGAGUGUGUGUGGGGGACAGAAACGGUAUGUGUCCACUCUUAGGAUCCAGCUGUCAGCAUCUGGAGGAGCCUCACGCUCCUUCAACACUACACAGGGAAAGAGCUUAGAGAGACCACUCAACUCUGGAAAGAUCAACGUGGAAACGCCACUUUUCCUAAAACCUCUUGAGGACUGUGUGGCUGACAGAGGAAGUGACAUCACGCUGAGGGGCAUCGUUGCAGGGGGUCAGCCGAUCAAGGUGUCCUGGCUGCAUAAUGGUCAGCCUUUGAGAUUUCCUAAAUCAUCGUUCGUCAGUGGAGAGGCGAAGCUGGUUGUUAGGAGAUGCGUCCCAGGGGACGCCGGAGCUUACACUUGUGUAGCUGAAAACACUGCAGGAAAAACAUCCAGCAGCUCAGCAGUGUAUGUCAGAGAAACGACCGUCGCUCCCUCGAACAAUCGGACACGCUCGUCUCCGUCCUCUCCUUGCACGCCUCCUUUGGAAAAUUGGGGCUUUAAAUCGCCCAAGACCAGUUUGGAGGAAAUCAGCGUCUUCAGAGGGCCGCAGUCGCCUCAGACGCAAAGUCCUCGAACACCAACGAGCCCGAGGGAGCUCCCAGUGAAGAGAAGGAGCAGCUCGGGAACAGUCGUCCCUCUGCAAAUUGUGUCGUCUCAGGUUCAGGUGAAUGUGCGGGUGGGUGAGACGGCCCGGUUGAGUUGUACCUUCACGGGCAAUCCACCCAUCGUUUCCUGUUGGAUUUAUAACAAAAAAGAGGUUCUCGAAGACUCCAGGUUUAGGAUCGACGGCGGCACUGAGAGCAGCACUCUGAUCAUUUCAGACACUCGACCCGAGGACACUGGACGCUACACGCUGCUCGUGCGAGACCGUAAAGGUUCCUCCCAGCACUCGCUCACACUUUCUGUCAUCGACCGACCCCAGCCACCUGCCUCGUCCCCGCUGGUGUGUGUGUGCUCCUCACACUCCCUCGUACUCACCUGGUCAGGGCCGUGCUACGACGGCGGGUCAGUCAUCACCGGUUACGUGGUGGAGGUUCAGCAGGUCAGCUCACACAAGGCAGGUUGCUGGACCGAGCUCUCAGCUAGUUGUAAAAGCACCUCCCUCAGGGUGAGCUCAGGACUCCAGCCACAGGAGGAGUAUCGAUUCCGGGUCAGAGCCUGUAACGCUGUGGGACGCGGUGACCCCAGUCCAGAGUCUCAGGUGGUCAGGAUGGACACCAGUGCAGGUGAGCCACGUGGAGAGAAGAGAAACAAUUACGUCACUGUUACCAUUGAUGAGAAACACAAAGUCACUGACCACUACAAUGUUCUGGACAAACUGGGAGUAGGGAAGUUCGGUCAUGUGUACCGUCUGACCCAUAAGGAGACCGGAGAGGUGUUUGCUGGAAAGUUCUAUAAGGGUCGUCGUGCGAAAGAGAGAGAAGCGGCUAAGAAGGAGAUCGAGCUGAUGAACUCCCUACAUCAUCCCAAACUGGUGCAGUGCCUGGCGGCGUAUGAUAACAAGCCUGAGAUAGUGAUGGUCAUGGAGUUCAUUCCAGGUGGGGAGCUUUUUGAGCGUAUUGUGGAUGAUAACUUCGAGCACACGGAGCAAUCGAGUGUAGGUUAUAUGCGUCAGAUCCUGCAGGGGAUUCAGUACGUGCACCAGCAGAAUAUCGUUCACCUGGAUCUAAAACCGGAGAACAUUGUGUGUGAGGACAGAACCGGCUUUCAGAUUAAGAUUAUCGACUUCGGGCUUGCCAGCAAGUUGGACUCUUCCACUCCUCUGAAGGUGAUGCAUGGAACCCCUGAGUUUGUGGCUCCGGAGGUCAUCAACUAUGAACCUGUGUGUCUGAACACAGACAUGUGGAGCAUUGGCGUUAUCUGUUACAUACUGUUGAGUGGAGAAUCUCCGUUCCAAGGAGACAGCGAUACAGAGACUCUGGCUUUAGUGACCGCGGCCCAGUGGGAGUUCGACGAGGAGAGUUUUGAGGACAUCUCAAACCAAGCCAAAGACUUUAUCAGCUCUCUACUGCAGAAAAACACCAAGAACCGGAUGUCCUGCGAUAAAGCUCUGUCUCAUGCUUGGACGGCGACGUUGGAGUCUACAGAACCGGUCUCUGCUAAGAACCUCUCCAAAGACAAGAUGAAGAAGUACUUAGCCAGGCAGAAGUGGAAGAAAACAGGAAAAGCCGUGCUGGCUCUGAAGAGGAUGGCCCUGCUGUCCAAAUCGGACAACUCCACGUCUCUCACCAGCCCUGUGGACGAUACAAAGCAUGUGCUGAAGUCCCUGGAGAAAAGGAUGCAGUCGAAACCUGAGUUCAUUAAGACUCCAGUGGACUUGUCAGUGUUUGAGGACUCCACUGCGGAGCUCGUCUGUCAUGUCACUGGUUACCCAGACCCUGAAGUGCUGUGGUUAAGGGAUGGUGCGGUUCUGGAGGAGGAGGAUGGCUGUGUGCAGGUGGAUUAUGAGGAAGACGGGAUGUGUGUCCUCACACUGGACGGCGUCACCCUGCAGCACAGCGGCACAUACACCUGCAAAGCCACCAACAUGCACGGGGAGGCGUUCUGCUCUGCUAAAAUCACUGUAGUGGACCAGGACAAACACAGAGACUGAUUAAAAAAAAAAAUACAUAGAUAUAUAUAGAUGCUUUAAUAUACAUAAAUAUACAAGCUGUCUGAAAAGUCUUCAUUUAGAGGUGAAAUUAAAACAAGACAAAAUGUUAAUUUAUUCACAGAAUAUCCUCUA